AUGUCUCAAGUUCAGCAGUAUUGGUUACCAGGAUACGGUCUAUCACGACAUAUCGUCCUCGGUCACAUUCAAUACUUCCUAGGACCAGCAGCAUCUGUCAGGCCAUAUACAUAUCAGGGCCGCGAGGGUUAUCUUAUAGUCGGUGUACCCCUAACGAGGGAACAAAUCGAUGACCUUGCAGCCAUGUCACGUGAAUAUGAACGACAAGAGUCUCUUCGAAUGGCGAGCGAUUCCACAGUCGACGGGUUCCCUAGGAAUGCCGAACCCUAUAUCAACGAGAUCGUGCCCGUUCGACCCUCAGGUCAACGCAGACGUCCGCUUGAGUGUGAAACUCGACGUGGUCGGUAA